AGACAAACAUGAAGUAGAACUUCGAGAAAAAGUAAAAUGGGGAACUGAAAAAUGGAGGGAGAGAAGAAAAUGGACGGUUGUGAUGGUUCCGAUGGUUUGCAUCCGAAUGCAAGUGGUUCGCCGGUUGCUUCCCGUGAAAAGUCAGCGUCGCCGUCGCAGGGAAAUGCUGCACAAGCUUCGGAGAAGUCAUCGUCGGAUGGUUUCUACGAGAAACUUUGCAAGUUGAAUGAAUCCUCAGGACUCAGUCUAGUCUUUAAUUUCCGGGAAACAAUCUUCGAUUUGCAUUUAUUUUACAAAGAAGUGACUAAAAGAGGUGGUUUCCAUCAGGUUAGCAAGGAUGGGAAAUGGGGUGAAGUUGCAUCUGCCUUGAACUUUAAAAGCAGUGUUUCAAUGGUACAGACUCAACUUCAAAAUCUUUAUGAAAAUCUAUUUCAGCAAUUUGAACAAAUGUACCACUACCGGACUCCUAUAACUGCUGCUCCAGGCAUUUCUUCGGGUUCUGAGGAUAGCUCAAGCUGCUUAAAAGGGAAGCGGAAGCGUUGUGAUGGCUCUGCUCCUUUGUCAACAGUUCCUUCAGGGAUCAAGACAUCAGAGCAGAAACCGCAUCUGCAGACAUCAUUAAAAGACAAGGAAAUGAAGAAAGACCCCAAUGCUCCACUGAGAUCAAGAAGCCCAUAUCAAAUAUUUCUCAGGGUGGAAUGUCAAAGAUUGAAAAAGAUACAUGGGGAGAGUUCAGGUGCCCAGAAGUUCCGAGACAUGGCGAUUGAAGCAUGGAAGUAUCUGUCUAAGAGUGAUCGCCAGCCAUAUAUCGAGGCAAGUAAGAAGGACAAGGAGAGAUUUAAUCGAGAGUUGGCUGCUUACAAGGAUCUUAAGACCAAGCAAAAUACAAAAAGAAUUUCUAGCAGUUCAAAACCAACAAUACUUGACUUCUCCACGCCUUCCCGAACAGAUGGUGCCUAUUAUGUGACUUUGCAGCCUGAUGCUGGAGACUUCUUUGUGCCAGAUGAAUCAGUGAGAUUAUCAGUCAUGCAGGCGAUGAAGAAUGAACAGCCAAACGACUCCAUGUUUCAGAUAAACUGGGAUGAGUCCAACGAGUACCACGACCUUGAUAUUUCCAGUUAAAAGGAUAAUAGGGGCUUUAGAGCUUCAAUUUUGAAGUAGCUUUUGAUGUGGAAAGUGCACAAUUACUUAGCAUCCUUUUUGGCUCGUAUGGUGCAGUCACUAAUUUUCAGGUCUUUCUGUAUAUUUUAUAAUUAUGAAGUUUCUGUAGUUUGUGUAUAGGUUCUUAAUCUUUCCACAAAAUAUGAAGUUUUCAUGUUCUGUAUCUUAUUCUUGUAUGUCUGCUGUCAUUUAUCUUUGAUAUUCAUGCAUAAUGGAGAGUUGGAUAUGUAACUGCAAAUUCACAACGAUGUGAC